AUGAGCCUGACUAACUAUGAUCCGUAUUGGAUAACUGAAUGGAAUAAGAUGAUAAGAGACAUGGAUCGAUCGCUGGGUAGAGUGUUUAGUGAUAUAAAGAAUAUCGAAGCCUUUCCGGUUGUAGAUGUGACCGAUGUAGGAAAAGAAGUUGUUGUACAUGCCGAACUUCCGGGUAUUUCCAAGGAAAAUAUCAAAGUUGAAUUACUGGGAGAUAUGUUAACAAUUUCCGGCCAUGGCAGUGAGAACAAAGACUACGAAACGGCUUCAGGAUGGAUUCGGGAACGUAGAUGUGGUAGUUUUACGCGUCGGUUACCCAUUCCUCGUGGUGUUGAUGUUGAUAAAGUUGAAACGAAAUUUGAGGACGGACUUUUAGAACUUAGAAUUCCGAGAUCUGAAGGAGCAGAGCCCGUCGUUAAAAAAAUUGAUGUCCAAUAG